UUGUUUUGACCUCAGCCCUUUAAAUAAAAGUUUACAAAACUCUCAAAAACACCCCCUCACUGACGCACGUUCUCGCCGCCGACAACAGUUGCCGUCCGCAGAUGAGGAAAGAAAGCCCACCUUCAUCGGUCUCCACCACCGCCGCCGCUUCCAAACUCUUCACUGUCUUCGAAACGAAACCGUUAGUUGCUACAUUACUAGCCUUGACACUCGUUAUGCUUAUAUGGAAUCUCCCUCCGUAUUAUCAAAAUCUACUCUCUACGACUCGCCCUUGUUCAGCCCCACCAACUCUUUCAACUUCUAUUAUUAGUAAUACUACUUCAUCUUCUUCCACAACUAAUUUCAUUGCUUCAGUUAAUUCCUCCUCACCGUCGCCCGGUUACUCCGCCGCUCAGAAAUUCUCCACACAAAUGCCCAUCGACCCCAACAAGAGAGUGUUUCAAGCCUAUGGCAACGCUGCAGCUCUUUUUGUUCGGAUCGGUGCUUACAGAGGCGGUGAAAGGACGUUCGCUGUGGUUGGUCUCGCUUCUAAGCCCAUUCAUGUCUUUGGUCGUCCCUGGUUCAAAUGCGAGUGGAUCUCUAAUAACGGUUCUUCUGUUCGAGCUAAAGCUUAUAAAAUGCUUCCCGACUGGGGCUACGGUCGCGUUUAUACAGUUGUUGUGGUUAACUGCACGUUUGCUGUUAAUCCCAAUUCCGAUAAUUUAGGUGGUAAGCUUAUGAUAAAUGCAUACUACGGUGAGUCUCAGAGGAAGUACGAGAAAUUUACUGCUUUAGAAGAGGCACCGGAUUCUUUCAACAUGUCUAAGUUUUAUCCGCCUUAUCAGUAUGAAUAUUUGUACUGUGGUUCGUCUUUGUAUGGAAAUCUAAGCGCUUCUAGAAUCCGUGAAUGGAUGGCUUAUCAUGCCUGGUUCUUCGGACCCGGUUCGCAUUUUGUGUUCCAUGAUGCUGGUGGCGUGACUCCUGAGGUCAGGGCGGUUUUGGAACCGUGGGUGCGAGCUGGGAGAGCCACGGUUCAGGAUAUAAGGGCACAGGCUGAUUUUGAUGGCUACUAUUAUAACCAAUUUUUGGUGGUGAAUGAUUGUUUGCAUCGCUACCGACACGCUGCUAAUUGGACAUUUUACUUUGAUGUGGAUGAGUAUAUCUACUUGCCUUCGGGGAAUACUUUGGAAUCUGUUCUUAAGGAGUUUUCUGAUUACACCCAGUUCACCAUUGAGCAGAACCCAAUGUCUAGUAAGCUCUGCUUGAAUGAUUCCACUCAAGAUUAUUCCAGGCAAUGGGGAUUCGAAAAGCUACUGUUCAGGGAAUCGCGAACCGGAAUUCGUAGGGAUCGGAAGUAUGCAAUUCAGGCUAAAAAUGCCUUUGCAACGGGAGUGCACAUGUCAGAGAAUGUGGUUGGCAAGACAUUGCACAAGACAGAAACAAAGAUCCGAUAUUUUCACUAUCACAAUACCAUAACAGUACAUGAGGAACUAUGCAGGGAAUUGCUCCCUCAGUCGGCCAAGAACAGUGUGACAAAUUACGAUAACCUUCCAUAUGUUUAUGAUGACAAUAUGAAGAAACUUGUCAACACUAUCAAGGAAUUCGAGCGCAAAACCAUCGGAAAUGUACAGGGGCUUUUAUGAUUAAUUUAGCUCAGAGUGAUGCCAAAUCCCACCAGCAUCAUUCAUCCCCAUGUAUGUGUAGUGUGGCAUACGUUCUUAUAAUUCCUGAUCUGGGUUGCUUAAAGUUCACUCCUCUUUCCUGGAUGGCAUGAAUGACCAGAAACUGAUGAAAAAAAUGGAAAGGGAAAGGAGGUUCCUGGGUCCAGCUAUAUUGCUUUGGUUUGUCUAUAAAGGUGAGUGUCUUACUUGUACCAUUCGGUUCAUAUAUUUUUCUUUUUUCCUUUAAUAAUUUCAUUUAAUUUAUAUACAGUUGAGACUUUGUAAUCUUGUGACAUUUUUUAAUCUUACCGUUAAUGAGAAGCAGUAGGUUUUAGAAA